CUUUCGUUCUCCACGCUCCCCCACUUACACUAUUACUAUUACUAACAUCAUCAACAACAACAACAACAAAAAGAAAUAAAAAGACAUUUCUCUAUAUCAAAUACAAAUCCAUUUUGAGCAUAUUUCUCUCCUACUAGCAAAUUCCACCAUUUUUCCAGCUUCGCGUACAUCAAUAUACGCUUAUAAUUCUUCCUUCUUACCUUUUUUGCAUGCAGCGCUAAAAUUCACAGAGGAAAAAGGUCGAGUUGUGUGUGUGUGUGUUGUUGUAAUGCUAGCUGUGUCACCUUUGAGUAACACAACGGCAAGAGAUGAUAACACGAUGGAGAGUUUUGGGAUUGGAGGAGGAGUUGAUUUCCCUGAUUUCGUUGGGGAGAAUUUACUUGACAGCAUUGAUUUUGAUGACCUAUUUGUUGGAAUCAACGAUGGAGAUGUACUGCCAGAUUUGGAAAUGGACACUGAAAUACUUGCAGAAUUUUCAGUUAGUAGUGGCGAUGAAUCCGAUGUGAAUAACUAUAGCAGUAGUAAUAAAACUACGUUUAUUUCUACUGCUACAAAAAAAGUAGAAAGAAAAGAUGAAACGGAAAGAGCAGCCUCGGAUGUAGGUUCGGGUUUAACGAGCUUAAAUCAAGGAGAAGAAAUUGUUAGUACUCAAAAAAGUGAAGAAUCUACACUACAAGUGAAACAGAAUAUCACUCCAAAAGAAAGUGAUAAAGGCAAAAAGUCAUCCAAGAAUAAUCUUCCAGUCAAGAGGAAAGUAAAGGUGGACUGGACGCCAGAAUUGCACAGAAGAUUUGUACAAGCAGUAGAGCAGCUAGGUGUAGAUAAGGCAGUCCCAUCAAGAAUUUUGGAGAUCAUGGGAAUCGACUGUCUUACUCGUCAUAAUAUUGCCAGUCAUCUUCAAAAAUAUCGAUCCCAUAGGAAACAUUUGCUUGCAAGAGAAGCUGAGGCCGCGAGUUGGAGCCAGAGAAGGCAACUUUACUGUGGUGCAGCCGUGGUAGGAGGGGGAGGAGGAAAGAGAGAUAUGACCCCGUGGCCUGCACCAACUAUUGGCUUUCCUCCUCCUCCUACGAUGGCGGCUCCAAUGCCUCAUCAUUUUAGACCCCUACAUGUAUGGGGUCAUCCAUCUGUCGACCAAUCAUAUAUGCACAUGUGGCCUAAACAUCUAGCGCCUUCGCCUUCUCCGCAACAUCCAUCACCAGCAUGGGCUCCUCCUCCUCAUCUUCAUCCUCCGCCACCUUCAGAUCCUUCUUUUUGGCAUCCACACCAUCAACGAGUACCAAAUCCUCUUACACCAGGAACUCCUUACUUUCCAGCACCUAUAGCACCAACGAGGUAUCCGGGUGGUCAUCAUCCAGUACCUGGCAUACCACCCGCAGCGCAUGCGAUGUACAAAGUAGACCACGUUCGAAGUACUGCUCCUCCAACACAACCUCUACCUAAACCUCCUUGUGAUUUUCAUCCUUCCAAGGAGAGCAUAGAUGCGGCUAUUGGAGAUGUUUUAUCUAAACCAUGGCUACCACUUCCCCUCGGACUCAAACCUCCGGCUGUCGACAGCGUGCUAGGUGAAUUACAACGUCAAGGGGUACCUAAAAUACCACCAACUUGUGCAUAGUCGUUUUUAAUGAGACAGCUAGCAAAAGCCAGUGGAAUUUUUUGGGGUUCACUUGGGGUAUGUACGUACAUAGCCAAGAAACCCUUCAAUUCGACGACAUUUCCUGCACUUAUUAGAUGCAUGAAGAUUAUCAAUUCGAUAUGGAUCGAACGUUAUCAACAUCGUCUACAAUAAUGCAGUUUUUUCCCUCAUAUAAUAUAUUGAUAUUAGAGAACUUUUAAUUUGUUGUCCUACUUAAUUUGUUCUUGUUUUGCUAUAUAUGUACUACAAGAACAUGUUUUAACUUAACCAUGGGGAUUUGGACAUGCAUGAACUGUGGUCUCUUUUUCUCUUUUUGUAAUGAUGUAAUCACCGGUUUGGGAAAAUAUCUAAUAAUAACAAGAGCUCUUCUUGUAAAUUUAUAGUAA